AUGCCUUGGCAAAGAUUAAUCAGGUUUGAGGACACCGAGGGCAGAACUCACUUUGGUGAGCCAGUCAUUGACGGUGAUGCGAUCGUCGACAUCGACGAAGUUCUCCAGAGUCCUGCGUUGCGGGCUGAGGUGUAUGUUGGUACAUCGAUCUUCUCCCUCAACAAAGGCAUCAAGAUAGUCGGUGUGAAGAAAAUUCUGCCCCUCCUCUCUGCCGCCGAUAUUCCAAUCAUCAAAUGCAUUGGGCUGAACUAUAUGAAACACAUUCAAGAAGGCGGUCGAAAGCCCCCUCCAUAUCCCUCUGUUUUCAUCAAACCCAAAGCUUCAGUGGCCGGCUACCAUGAGGAUAUCGCAAUUCCCGAGCUCGCACAGGAGACUUUGGACUACGAAGGAGAAUUGAGUAUUGUCAUUGGCAAGACGGGAAAGGAUAUAGCAAAAGAAGAAGCCCUCGACUAUGUGGCUGGCUUUGUCGCCUCCAACGAUGGGUCAUGUCGAAAGUGGCAACGGGAUCCCGCUUUCGCUGGUGUUGUUCCUCAAUGGUGCUUCAGCAAAGGAUUUGAUAAGUUUGCACCAUUGGGACCAAUGUUGGUUUCCCCUCGAGUGGUGGGCAAUGCUGGGAAUCUCCAGCUAAGGACUCUAGUCAAUGGGGAAGUUCGGCAGGAUACCAAUACCAACGACCUCUUGUUCAAUGUCGAAACCAUAAUAUCGUUUGUAAGCCAAGGCACCACACUGGAAGCUGGAACUGUCAUCAUGACGGGAACUCCUUCGGGGGUCGCCAUGGGGAUGAGAGAUCCACUCUGGCUCAAGAAUGGAGAUUUGGUAGAGGUCAAGAUUGAAUCUCUGGGUUCGGUCAAAAAUCGGAUGGUUUUUGCAUAG